CGGGUCCCGAAAAGCAUGACGGGUAAUUUCCGGUCUGAACCGCAGCGGGCUCAUUCCUGCUGUCAGACACCGCAGUGAACGGACGUGUGGAGAGCUCCCCAUUAUACAGCUGCCGCGCGUCUUUCUAGUGCUUUUUCAUCCUUGUUUUGACCGUCUGGUACGCGUUUGCCGGGCAAGUACGUGUCCCCAGAAUACACCAGGUUAGUAUAGACUUUGCUCACGUUGUGGUGAUUUUUAUUUUGUAUUUUUAACCGCUGUUUUCUCGAAAUACUGUGCGUAAUUAACCAUUGACAACUAACAAACAUGCGGCCGUCGUAACAUGCGGUGUGUUCAUAUCUAAAACUACACGAUGGCAAAGAGAUUCUUACUUUACGUUGUAACAUUUGUGGGUCGAUAAAUAGUCUGACAUGUGACGUUAGUUCCAAUUUUGUUGCUAUUAUUUCUUAAGAUUUAAAAUUCCAAUUGGUUUCGCGGCGCCCGAUGGCAAGGGGGAGGGGGGCGAAAAAUCCGAGCAUGGGUCAUGUGCAAGUUCGGACACGAUUGUGUGGUCAAAAUAACAUCGAUAUGAAGUUUUAAGCCUAGGAAGCCACUAACAGUCAUUUCCGUGAUCCUUGUUAAGUUUAGAUGCUGUAUUUUCUUUUAAAUUUUGAAAAAUUGUGGAGUAGUGUUGAAUGAGUCUUUAUCCAGACGGUACAUAGAAAGUUCACACUGUUUUUUCUUACUUAGUUAGAACCACCGUGCUACUGACGGGUUUGUAAAUAUGUAUAGCGUGGUGCAUUCAGUUUCAAGGGUGUAAUGGUUGCAGAGUGUCGCAGGCUUUAUUAUGUGUUUACAUAUUCAUCACAGUUCUCUUUAAAUAGCGGUAAAUACAAAGAGCCGCUGGUUUCUUACGUGUAUUCGUAUUCAUCACAGUUCAUAGAUUCAAAGAGCCGCUCGUAUGCAUAUUCAUUGCACCACUAUCAUGACAUUUUCAUGCGAGUUUUUUUAAUUUGUUGUGACAUACACUUCAAUGAAUUUCCAUUAUUUUUUUUUUGCUCUGCAGAAUGGGGAUUAAAGGGCUUUUACCUGCCCUUUCGCCCUCAACACGACCCAUCAACAUAAAUGACCUGACCGGGUCUGUAGUUGGAGUUGAUGCCUCAUGCUGGCUGCACAGGGGUUCCUAUUCAUGUGCUAAGGAGCUAGUUCUUGGUCAGCCAACCGACGGCUACGUCAACUUCUUCAUGAGUUCAAUUGAACGUCUCCUACAAAAUGACGUGACACCUCUGGUGGUGUUUGAUGGACCAAGAACGCUGCCAGCCAAGGCUAAAGAGGCUGCAGAGAGAAGAAGAAAGAGGGAGGUGGCCAAACUCCAGGCUCGGACUGCGAUAGAUCAACAGAGAGCCAGGUCUUACUAUCUCCAGGCUGUCUCCAUCACGCCAGAAAUGGUCGACAGAGUUAUUGAGGCAUUGGAAGUGAGAGGCGUCGACUACGUGGUCGCACCCUAUGAGGCUGAUGCGCAACUGGCGUUCUUCAGUAUGAACGGCGCAGUGAGGUUCAUCAUAUCAGAAGAUUCUGAUCUGUUGGCAUUCGGUGCCAAAGAGGUUGUCUACAAAUGGGACCCCGUAAGGCUGACUGGGCAGCUCAUCUCCCAGAACAGCCUGCACCUGUCCUUCCCAGACUUCAGAGACUUCAGCCACGACAAGUUCCAGACUAUCUGCAUCCUGGCAGGGUGUGACUACCUGACGUCAAUUUUUGGCAUAGGGGUGGUCAAGGCGGCAAAGUUCGUGAACGCAAUAGGAGACAGGAAUAUUUUCCAGGUUAGAUUUGACCCAUUACCCGACGUACCAGCAGCUAACCUGACAAGAACAUGGACUACUGAACAGAUGCUGAACACAACAGAUCAGAGUGACUUCACAUUUGUGUGCACGGACGAAAGCGAGGAAGGGUCAUCCUCGUCCUCCACAAAGCCAAAGCGCAACCUGCGAAGUGAUCCCCUCACACAGGCCAAUGUCGUCAACAUCGGGACAACUUUUAAAUGGACAAUUCCAUGUUUCCCGGUAAUGUCACUCACAUUCCGACAGGCCACUGUAUCCAUAGAUGGCCAGUUGAAGCCAGCUGUGUUCGAUGCUGCGGACCAAAGGGUCCUUCUGUAUCCCUCCCCCUUUGAUAUUGUAUUAAGAGAGACAUGUAGUAUAUCAGUAGAUAACAAAGAACUGUUAGUUAUUUGGACAUGGGACUUUGCUUCGCUCGCUACUACUAGCAGUGAAGAUAUUCUGUCCCAGGUGCCCCAUAGUACAUUGAGUUCUGCCAGUAUUCAUACUGUGCAGGAGUAUGACUACAUGUCAGAUUCUGAUAGCGACUCAGACAAGAGACAACAUGACCGGGAGGGAAAGGAUGAUGAUGAGGUGGGAGAACCUAGGGAGAACCGCCGACGGGAAACGAGAUUAUCUGAUGAAGAUCCUGAUGAAGAUUCUGAUGACGACAGUUUUGACACCCAUGAGCUUCCAUUUAAAGUCAUGGGGGUCACUUACCAUAAGCGUUACCAGGAUGUUCUGGAAGAAGCUUAUAAUGCCAUCAAUGAUAAUAACAACACUCCUAAAGCAGACAUCAUUCCUGAACCUGAUAAUUCUUUUGACCCUAAUGCCAUAGCUGUGAGAAUAUAUACGGACAAUGGUCCAGAGAAGGUUGGCUACAUACAGCAGGCUUUAACCCAGCAUGUCCAUCAAGCCAUUAAUACACAGAGACUGGGAGGUGUCAGAAUAGGCAGGAUUGCCUUUCGAACAACUUGGUACCACCCAGGAUGGUACCUGAAACUUCUCAUUACAAAGCUUGGAAAGUGGGAAGGGGCUGUAGUGCAGAAGGCUCUCAGAGUAAAGUAGUAAUUUUGUUGUUGUGUUUUGAAAUAUUUUAUGUAUGUUAUAGAUUCUAAUAGAUUCAAAUUGAAUCAAGUACACAAUGUAAUAUAUUGUGCAGUUUAAUGUACACUGUUAAUGUUUAUCAUUUACCUUUGUCAGGUGUCACAUGUUACUUUGCAAUGUUAAUUUUGACUACAGUUCACCUAUUUUCCUAUUAUUCAUCGAUCCCCCUGUGAAAUAGUGUGGUAUAAUUGUAAAUUGUAUUAUAACUGUUAUGUUUUGAUGUCUGCUUUAGGAGUGUUUUGCUGACUGAACAGAUAUGUUUCAGUUCUUCCUUGAUCCCAUUCUGAAAUUGAUGUAAACUUUUUGUCAUGCUAUGGAUUUUGAUUUAUGACUCAACAGAUUGAUUGAAAUUGACUUUAUUUGGUGUGCAGCUGUUGUUUAUCUCUUGACUUUGUCCAUUGUCAUGUUACUUUGUAAUAUUAUUUUUGAUCAGAUAACCUUAGUUUCAAUUCUUCCUUGAUCCCCUUGUGAAGUAGUAUGUGAAAUUUGUUAUGUUCUGGAUUCUGAUAAGAUAAAAAUUGAAUCAAUUUAACUAUAUGUUGUGUGCAGUUUGAUGUACACUGUGAAUAUUUUUAUCCCUUGCCUUUGUCGGGUGUCACAUGUUACUUUUAAAUGUUAUUUUUUGACUACAGUUCCUCUGUGUUUUAAUUCCUUAUUGAUCCCUUUAUGAAAGUGUGAUAAUUGUCAACUUUUUCUAAAGUUGUGAAUUCAGAAAGAAAUUGAUAUUUAUGAUAUGCAAGAUUCAAGUUGAAUCAAAUUAACUAUUAUGAUGUGCAGUUUACACUGUUGUCUAUUCUAUGUUGCAAAACUAUCUCUGACCUUGAUUCCUCUGAAGUAGAGGUGAAUACUUGCAAAUUGUUUGACUGAGAAACAAGGCUACUGUUUAGAGUAUAAUA